AAUCUAUAAGGGUUAGUUUAUGACACUUUGAUUGACAGGAGGAGGAGAAAGAGCAGCUCCUCCCUCAGGGAGCAGCACCUCCCUCCUGUUUACCUCCUAUCAGUCACUGUCAGGAGUCACACUGGAGCACCACUCAGGUGUGACUCCAUCUCUUGGAGACACUUUUUCUAUAUUUUCUAUUCAUUUAUUUUCUUUGUUUUUACCUCUGAGACGUCUGACAGGCUCUUGAGCAUCUUUCAGCUCCUUUUCAGCAGCACUUUUGGACUUUCUGCAGCACAUUUCCUCUCCAAACAGCUAUAAAAAUGAAUUUUGAUGAGAUCCUGUGUCUGAUUGGAGGCUUUGGGAAGUACCAGAAGAUCUUGUAUAUUUGGAUCUGUCUACCUCAGAUCUUUCUGGCGUUCCACAUGCUGGUUUCUGUCUUCACCGGAGCCGUUCCUCCGCAUUUAUGUCGCUCCUCAGCAGGCAAUUCAACCUCUUCAAGCCUAAACUUUAGCCUUGUGUCUGGGCCUGGUGGUCAGCCUGAGCUGGCCUGCUCAGUCCCCAGGAACCACAGUGUUGAUGGGGCUGCAGCUCUGAGCACUGGACCCUCUACUGGGAGCUGCAGCGGGGGCUGGGACUACAGCACUGAGACCUUCAGCAGCACCAUCGUGACUGAGUGGGACCUGGUUUGUGAUCGAGCCGUCCUGAACAACAUCGCCUCAUCUAUGUACAUGUUUGGCCUUCUCGUUGGUGCUGUUGGCUAUGGGAGCUUCGCUGAUAAGUACGGUCGCAGGAUGGUGAUUCUGGUGAACCUGGCCGUCCAGCCCGUCUCCGGGGUCGGAGCUGCCUUCGCCCCGAACUUCUACGUCUACAUCGCCCUUCGCUUCAUCGUUGGAACGUCUGUCUCUGGUGUCAUCAUGAAUGCCUUUGUCCUAGGCACAGAGUGGACCGGACCCAAGCAGCGGAUGCUAGCUGGUAUAAUCACGGACUACUUCUUCGGCUUUGGCUACAUUAUCCUGGCUGGAGUGGCGUACCUCAUCAGAGACUGGCGUAUGCUGCAGCUGGCCAUCUCAGCACCUUCUGUCCUCUUCAUCUUUUACAUCUGGGUGUUGCCAGAGUCAUCUCGCUGGUUAAUGGCCAAGGACAGAAAAGAAGAAGCAUGGGAACUGAUCCAGAAAGCAGCGCAGAUGAAUGGGAAGCCUCUCACCAAAGAUUUGGAGAUGUGUCAGGUCUAUGCAGCUGAAGAGAAAGGUGAGGAGAAGAAAAAUCAUUCAUUCGCUGACCUUGUUCGAACCCCAAAAAUGAGGAAGCAGUCUUUGGUUAUUUUUUAUCUCUGGUUUGCCAAUGUGCUUGUGUACUAUGGCCUGUCUCUCAACAUUUCUGACCUUGGAAUGAACAUCUAUCUGACCCAGAUGAUCUUUGGCCUGAUAGAGAUGCCUGCACGUACCAUCACACUUUUCACUCUCAACCGCUCCCGUAAAUACUCACAGCUAUCUUUCCUGGCUGUGGGUGGCACGGCCUGCCUGCUGACCACCUUCAUCCCCACAGAGCUGUCUGUCAUUAAAACCGUGCUGGCCAUGAUUGGGAAGUUCGGCAUCACAGCCUCUCUUUCUAUUAUUUACGUCUAUUCAGCUGAGGUGUUCCCCACUGUUAUCAGACAGAAUGGGAUCGGCAUUGGUUGCAUGUGUGCUCGUAUCGGAGGCGUCCUGGCUCCUCUGAUGUAUCUCCUGAGGAGCUGCUGUCCUCAGGCUCCCAUGAUCCUUUGUGGCGUCUGCCCUCUGCUAGGCUCCGCCCUCACCCUGCUGCUGCCGGAGACAGCCAAUAAACCGCUACCUGACACCAUCGAAGAAAUAGAGGCACCCAACCUCAGAGCUAACGCCAUCAGUGAGCGGCUGGGAGCAGCAGCAGCAGCAGCAGCAGGACACCAGGGCCAUGGGACUGACUCACCGACAUGGACUAUAGAGCUGAGGGCUGUUAGCACCUCUACCCGCCUGAUGGAGCAGCAGCACGUUAGACUGGUGGUUCUCCAUAGAACAGCAGGAACAGACUGUCUGUUAGUCUGGUAG